GCGAAAGCAUCUGCGAUUAAUUUACAGCCAGUUCUCACCCGGAGCACAACGUAUAGAGAUCGAAGAUCACCGAGCAAUCCCCGCGAAAAUGCUGCGCUUAUCCACGUUGCUCCUCCUCCUCGCCAUCGUCGCCAUUGUCUUUCUGUCUGGCGUUUCAGCGCGUGGCCGCAAGAAGGCGACGAAACCCGAGUGCCCAGAGAUCAAGCUGAAGCGUCAAUGGGGCGGAAAGUUGGCCUUGGGACUGAACUAUCAGGUACGUCCCAUUCGGAAUGUGAUCAUCCAUCAUACGGUGACGAGCGAGUGCUCGACGUUCCCGCAGUGCGCUGAGAUCCUGCAGAACAUGCAGCACUACCACCAGACGCAGCUGGACUACUAUGAUGUGGCCUACAAUUUUCUCAUUGGCAACGAUGGCGUCGUCUAUGAGGGCACCGGCUGGGGAGUGCGGGGCGCUCACACUUAUGGCUAUAAUACGAAUGGCACUGGCAUCGCCUUCAUUGGCAACUUUGUGGAUAAAUUGCCCACGGAAGCAGCGUUGACCGCAUGCAAAAAGCUUUUGGCUUGCGGCGUCACCGAGGGCGAAUUGUCGGAGGAUUAUGGUCUGAUUGGAGCCUCGCAGGUGAUUAGCACACAGAGUCCGGGUCUGACGCUCUACAACGAGAUACAGGAGUGGCCGCAUUGGUUGCCCCGUCCCUAAGUUUGAAUAAAGCGCCAUGCAAUACGUUA